GGAACUGGAAAAAUCGGAUUUUUCUCGACUUUGGCACUGCAAAAUCCCAACUUUCCCAUCCCUUCCGCUUCUUUGGCGAUCUUACCCUCCACACACAUGGCAGUUCUUCUCCCAGCCCAGAGAAUCCGAGCAAUUUAGGAAUGCCAGCACCAUGAGGAAAGGAUGAGAGAAUAUAGCAGACCCGGCUCCCGGUUCGAGUCGGCCCUCACCGACGAUGCCUGCGACUCCCGGUUCGAGUCGGGCCUCACCCGCUACCAGACCCGGCUCGACCUCCCCGUCACCUCCAAUCUCGACGCCCUCACCCUCUCCGAAAUCACGACCCCUCGAUGCGGCGCUUCCGACUCGAUCAUCGUGAACCGCACCGGCACCGUCCAGCGGUUUGCAUUCUUCCCAGGCGAGCCGCGGUGGGUCCCGUCCUGCCAGCUGACGCUGACGUAUGCCAUCGCCCCCACGGACACGGUGGAUCAUAUACCGAGGGCGGAGGUGGCGGUGGCGGCGGCGGCGUUCCGGCGAUGGGCGAUGGUGAUACCGGCGAGGUUCAAGAAGACGGCGGAGGACGUGAAGGUGGGGUCCCACAGCGGGGAUCACAUGGACGGGGAGCCGUUCGACGGGGCGCUGGUCCACGCCUUCUCGCUGGAGAGUGGGCAGCUCCACCUCGACACGGCGAGGCGGUGGGCGGUGGACUUCGGGGCCGAGGGCUCUGGAGUUUUAAUUAAAAAAAAAAUCCUUAUUUCCUGGCAUUUACGGUUGCAACACUUCGUAGAAGAAUACGAAGAUAUACCAUUUUCAAAAUAUUAUAUAUCUCCUGAGCCAUCGCAUCUCAGUCUUCAAAUGGAUACCAUAAAUUUCUUCCAAAUUAAUUCUAAUCCCAUCCAAUCUACUUCUCUCUCUCUCUCUCUCGGAGUCGAAUCAAACCAUUCAGCGAUAUUGCUUGUUAAAGAAGGAUUGAACUGGACUGGAUCACUAUAA